AUGGGGAAAAGGAAGGAGCGAAAGGAUAUCCAAAAAACCCUAAUUUCAGGAGAAGAAAUUAGUGAAGAUGAAAGAUCAAUUGCAGACCAGCAAGACGAGGGAGGGGAAGAGGAAGAAGAAGACAAAGAAGGUUCAAGAUUCUUCGCGUGCUAUCUGCUUACAUCACUCUGCCCCCGUUUCAAAGGCCACACGUACAUCGGAUACACGGUGAAUCCGCGGCGCAGAAUAAGGCAGCACAAUGGUGAAAUGAGGAGUGGCGCAUGGACGACCAAGAAGAAGCGUCCCUGGGAAAUGGUUUUUUGCAUCUAUGGCUUCCCUACUAACGUCGCUGCUCUUCAGUUUGAGUGGGCAUGGCAACACCCAGUACAAUCUCUAGCAGUUAGAAUGGUGGCUACGACUUUUAAAUCCCUUUCUGGAAUUGCCAAUAAAAUUAAAUUGGCAUACACUAUGCUUACACUUCCUGCCUGGAAUAGCUUGAACCUCACUGUAAAUUUCUUCUCAACAAAAUACAAAAUGUAUACUGCUGGUUGUCCAAACUUGCCCGUGCAAAUGAGGGUCCAAGUUUGUUCCAUGGAUGAGUUGCCCUGUUACACAGGGAGCAAUCAGAAUUCAAGUGAAAAUGAAGAGUGGGACAGAGAUGAAGAAUGUUCUAUGAGAGGCAAAAACCAAGAAUCAUUAAUGGGAGCAGCAACAAUUCACCGAUCUCCAAGCGAUCAAGAAUCAUCAAUGGGAGCAGCAUCAAAUCACCAAUUUCCAAGCGAUCAAGGUACUAUUCCAGAAAAGAGACUAAAACAGAUCAAUCAGAUAGAAGGAACCUGGUAUGAACGUAGUAAUUGUUUAGAAAAUAUUUGGAUGGGACAGCAGAGAAACUUCCCAAUUGGAACAUCCUCUUCAUCUGUUGCUACCAGCUCGUAUAAUAUUGUUAGUGGCAUUGAAGAUGGGCACAUGUCGAGAUUGAUAGAAGAAGUCACUACAGAGUUGGUGGAUUAUCCAGUCGAGAAGCAAUCAACAACUGCCUUAGUUGCUGACAAAGAUUCAAUCUUGAUGAAGAGUCCUAGAGUUAAUUAUGAAGUUGAGGUUAUAGAUGUUUUUACACCUUCACCUUGCUAUAUGGCCAGUUCGGGCAGAAAGAAGAGAUUACCAAAUGUAUACCCUGAAAUAAUUGAUUUAACAGAGUCUCCUAUAUGUCUUUAA